UUUCAGCGGUGUUUGGCUGAGAGAUUGUUGUAUACUGUCCGGCUAGUGUAAUCCUCGGUAAUACCAACCUUUAAAAAUAUAAUUACCCGUUUCUCUAAACUGUAAUGUGUUGUAAAGUACAUAAUCGAUUAGUCUAGUGCUAGUUGUGAUAUCUGAUACUGUCGGGCAACUGUCGAAGUCUACAGGCCUCACAGAAUGAAUUUACAUCAAUUAAAUCGAGUGUGGAGCCUGCUUACAAACCUGAGCAUCAUACUACUACUAACAGGAACCGAGGCCAAGUGGACAAUAGAUGUGGACGUUUUGCCUCACCUGGUGACCUCAGGCCUCAGUGAGACAUGUAGGACCGAGGCUAAGGCUCUUCUGGACCAUUUGGCUCGUCUGGACACGUGGGCAGUCAAGAUAUACGAUGCCUCGGCCAAGCUUGGUUCAGGGAUAUUGAAUGGGAACAUCAACCAGUUCGGAGACUACGACCAGUGCCUGUCGGUACGACACGACCAGCUGGGAAUCUCUGGACAGUACUGUCUAGCCUUGAUCUUCGUAGAGCUGCGGAACUCUGGAGAUGACCCCAACCUGGCCACCGUCUUAGACCUGGCACAGUCAUACCAGGCUAUGCCCAGCAGCUUUGGGGAUAAGGCCACAAUUUUGCCAACAUUCUCCACUGUGUCGUGGGGAGUCUGCGUACCCUCCGGCUGCUCCUCCUCUGACGUCGCCAUGGCACUCACUGCUGCCCUCCACAGCCACAAUCUCACACUCGACAUCCACGUGGAGGUGGAUCAGGACUCUUGUGAGGUCUACCGUCCUAGGAAGCUCUUACAGGGUGGCGCUUUUAUCACUUUGUCCAUCAUACUGUCUGUAUUCCUCAUUGCUGUUGCUGGGACGUUCUAUGAGUUUUCACAACUUGACAAAUGUGGUAACGCACAGAAGAAAAAUCACAAUUUUAUCCAAAAAGUGAUGUUGGCGUUUUCAUUUCGCAAAAACACUAUGGAACUGUUGAACACUCACACCCAGAAGGAUGAGAUAUUGUGUCUUCAUGGGAUCCGUUUUGUGUUUUCUGUUAUCAUCUACGUGCUCCACCGCGCCAUCUUCAACAUGUUCUGGCCUGCCACCAACCGCACCAACACUGCACAGCUGCUGGAGUCAGUUUGGACCAUGACGUUCAGAUCAGUUUGGAACAAUGUAGACACAUUUUUGGUACUUAGUGGCCUACUGACUUCAUACUACACGACUAGAGACCUACAGGCUGGUCGAUCUCUCAACAUUCCUGCAAUGUACCUCCGCAGAUAUAUCAAGUUCACACCAAUUCUGAUGCUGGCUGUGUUUAUCAUAAGAAACACCAUUGAAGAGUUGCGUCGAGGCCCACAAGUCAUCCAAGUUGUCAAGCGACAUGUCCAAGCCUGUCAGAACAUUUGGAAACCACUCUUCUACCUAAGCAACUUUGAUGGGAUUGAUCAAAUGUGUUUCCCCCCAGCCCAUCACCUCAUGUCGGACUUUUACUUGUACUUGGGAUCUCCAUUCCUGAUUCUACUGCUGUGGAAGUACAGGCUGCGGGGUGCUCUGUACUUAGUUAUAGCUCUGGGCUGUAUCACUGCAUAUAAGGCUGUACUUAUUAAUUCUGGACACCUGGCCUCUUUCAUAUACUAUGGCAUUCAACCCACAAAAAUGUCAGAGAGUGCCAGCCGGCUGUAUCUGAAUCCAUUGUUUAGAAGCAUGCCUUAUGUGGUGGGCAUACUGCUGGGCUUCUACUUGCGGAUAACUCCUGCCAGAAGUGCGAUGUUGACACGAUCUCAGUUGAUAGCAGGGUGGCUGGUUGCUGGUUUAGCGGCAUGUUACUCAUUCAUGGGUCCUGGUGAAGUGUAUCUACGCAGUUACCAAUACGAUGUCGUCAACUCCAUCGUAUACGGGAGUCUACAACCUUUCACUUGGAGCCUGGCAGUUUCGUGGGUCAUCUAUGUGUGUCACACGCAGCAAGCAGAGUUUUUGAACAGAAAACUGAGCUGGAAAGGUUUUAUCGUGUUCAGCCGUAUUUCAUACGCUGUCUAUAUCAUGCAGUUUAUCGUCAUGUUUUGGAACAUUCUGUCAGCUCAAGCUCCACAAUACAUUUACAUCUCUCAGAUUAUUGACUUAAAUGAAAUAUUUUGUAUACUUGUGAUUUCAACACUAUCCACUCUGCUCUUCCUUCUGCCUCUGAAGUCUCUUUAUGAAGUUUUUACUGAAAAAGAAAUUUCACAAGGAAACAAGAAAGAAAAAUAAAUUGUCUAGUGUGAAAAUGACUACCAGAAAUUCUUCUGUGACUUAUCAGCACAUUUAUGCCCAUCCAUACAACACUUACUCUGCAAUGCACAAAUACAGUCACUCUAUCCAUGUAACUGGUUUAACCAUCCAGCUGCAGUCAUUGUGUUAAGUGAUGUAAACAUAGUUCUUUAAAUACAUAAUAAGCCCUGGUCUAACUUCCGACAUUCUUAGACAAACAAGUUGUGAUUCCUCAUCAGAAGAAGUGACAUUAAUUUUAGGAAGUGGUUAACUGUUUGAUUACACUAUAAUAAGAAUCUCGCACAUAUUGUAAUAAGUUUUACAAACAUAACAUCUGUAGAUAUUUGACAAUGCACAUAAAAUUCCUGUGGUCCAAGAACGUAGCCAGAAGAACAUUUGUGGAGGUCAAGACAACUGUUAUAUUCCCAAAGUGAACAGAAAGUAAGGCCCUAUUUUGUUCCUUAAAAAGUUCUUGGCCUUUAUCUAUGUUGAGAAUGAUCUUUCAGCACUGCAUGUCAGUAAUAUUGAAUUAUUUAAAUAAUAAUAAUCGUUUACUAAAAAAAAAAAUAAUUCC